GGCACCUUUAAUUUAUGCCGUUCUGGUAUUGAAGUACAGAAAGAAGCGGAUCCUCGUUUUGAAACAGCCUGACGUUAUGGAACGUUUAACCGGAUUAAUCUGCAGUCACCGACGUCACCCUAUCCUGUUUGCCGACCCUUCAAUCCCGUUUCAAUUCUAUCUCGAUCAAAUUGGUUCACCGUCUUUAUAUAUUCCUAAAUACCAUUACGAAACAUCGCCAGCUGUUUUUUCAACUUACAAACCAUCUACAAUGCUAUUCAGUCCUGCUUCACAUUCCAUAUCUGCACUUUCCUCUAACUCAGUGAUUACAAGCAAGACAAAACUUACUACAGAAGAAGAGAAGUUGCAAACGACGACAUCCUCUGUAAUUACAAAAUCAAAAAGUAAACCAAGAUGGCGAGUUGACUUGAAGAAAUAUAGAUGUGAUCUGUGUAGUCAGUGCUUUUCACGAAGUAACACUUUAGUUACUCACAGGCGUAUUCAUACAGGCGAAAAACCAUUCAAAUGUGACAAAUGUGGCCGUCAUUUCCGGCAGCAUGGCAACCUGACACGUCACAAGCUUACACACACCAGUAUCAAACCUUUUGCAUGUCACAUAUGUAACCGGGCAUUUAAUCGAAGAUCAAAUUUAAAGACGCAUUCUAAGAUACAUCGCCAACAAACUUAAAAGCAAGCGAUUUUGGAAGAAUCUGAAUUGAAAACUACUCUACAUACUUUGUUAUUAUUUUUGCAUCUUUGUAAGAUAUUGUCGCAAUACACAGCAGUAAGAAGCAUUUUCAAAAUUUUAACUUACUCGUUCUGACAAAAUAAAUGGAAAAAUUUAAUAAAAAUAAGAUAGGAAAAGAGAAGAAAAAAGAAAUCAAGAAAUGCUCAAAUGCUUGCCCAGCAAUUAUUCAAACUACCAAUACUUUCCAAGGCGUGAUGUUGUUUCGAUGAAGGAUAACACAUCUGAUGUAGGAACGAUUUGAGAAAGAAAAUGUGUAUCAUCAGAGAUUAGUCAUCCAUCUGUCCAUACGAUACGAACGAACUAAAUUAUACGAGUGAAUUAUAAAAUA